CACCAGUUCCUCUAGUGACCAAGAUCGGGCGCGUAGGAGUAGAACAUGCUCCGGACGGUGCUAAAUUUUCGAUAAAAAGCGAGUCGGGAAAUUUGUUAACAUCUCCGGGUAUUGACUGGUGGAGUGCUAAAUUGGUGGAGGAAACUAUCUGCGCAGCCGCCAAUUGAGCCCGCUACCACCGUCCAGUGGCGUGCAUGUCUAUUUUGAUCGAUGACUCGCCGCAUCAGCGUGGCUUGCGUUCGGAGUGAUCGCGUUGGCCGCGGCCCAACUGGCCCGACGCCGCCGCCAUCGUCCAGCAGGCCAUGACAACUCGCGAAGUUGUCUUGGACGGAGGUUCCCCGUGGGGUUUUCGGCUGCACGGAGGCGCCGACGUCAACCAGCCGCUGCGGAUCUCGAGGGUAAACCCGGGCAGCAAAGCGGCGCUUCGAGGCAUCCGAGAAGGAGAUUUCAUCACAUCGAUUAACAACCAAUCCACAAAGGAUAUCUCCAACGCUGAGGCUCACGCUCUGUUGAGGAAUUCCGGAGAUACCCUAAAGCUAGGAUUGAAUGAGGACGUCAACGGGUCGCCGAAGAGGAGGCAGUACAAGACCGUGCACCAGGAGACACACUCGGAGACUGUGAAAAAAUCGAGCGUCACCUCGUACACUGUGACUUCGUCGAAGACCGUCGAAACGGCCAACGAUCAGCAAACAGCGAAAGUCAACGGAAACGCCAACAACGGUGUAAACGGUGACCCACCCACCCACCCCAUCGCCUCCCAGAGGUCCACCCUCUCGUCCAACUGCUCGUCCAGCUCAUCCACAUCGACGUACACCUCUCUUACGUCACCGUCAGAUAUGGCCGAUAACGGGAGGAGGCGAAGGAGGAGGAACAACCGGAAGAAAGCGCGCCAGGUGAUUAGUACGACGGAAGUAAUAGUAGAGGAGAUUGGGGAAUGCGAUGUUCAAGAGAAAGAGUACCAAGUGGAAUCCCCGAAACGGGUUAAGUCGCCGGAAAAAAAACCAAUCAAGAGUCGUAGUCUAGACGACGACGACGACGUCAAAAUACAAGAACUGUCAGAAGUAAGCGAAAGCGAGGACAAAUCCGAGUGCAAAGCAAUAAUUUCCGAAGCCGAGAGUGACGUGGAGUGGGAAACCGCGGCGACGAUCGACGAACUCGAACCCCAAACGAGUACCCUGACGAGUACCAACGCUCUCUACCUUCCCCUAGAACAAUGUACGACGCAACAAGUCUCCCUCAUUUCCCCGGAAGAAGAACUCACCCUCCGCAACUUCCUCGAAGGUUUGAACCUCGUCAACUCCCCUGAAGACGCCUUCAAGCAAAUCCAACUCAGUACCAUCGACUCCGUCAAAAGCCGCCGGGCCCGCAAACGCGCUGUCCUCGAACAGUACUUCUCCCCCAUGGUGCACAACCCGCGCUUUUUGGACGUCAUCAGCGAGGAAGCGAGCGAUUUGAGCGACAGGGAGCAACCAGCGACUCGACACUUGAAACAAGGUACUCCGGAACCGGAAGUCCCGGUACGACCACCCAAAAAACGAAACGUGGUGGAAAAUCCGGCCAUUUUGGUCGGUACGAGGAUCAUUGAUAUACCUAUGGUGAGUACCGUGGUGCCGCAAGCGCGAGCCGAGGUCGUGUUUCUGGAAGAUAGUUCGAAUAGUACCACCCCGGACCCUAAGUCGGACGACGAAGAAAAGGAUACCGACGACGUAAUAUCUAGUGCUAAUUCGAGCGCACCGGAUUUGAGAGAGUCGGAGGUGGUGGAGGAAACGAAGAAAGUUAAAGUGACGGUGAAGAAAAGCGGGGUUCUGGUUUGUAUGGACGAGAAUCUAGGAAAGGAGAUUUUGUCGGAGUUAACGCCGCCUCCGACUCCCGAUAAUUCGGAAAAUAUAGAGGCGACAAAACUGGACGAAACCAAAGAGAAAGCUCAACUAACGAAAACUGAAGACAGUGAGGUCAAAUGUGCCAAAGACGAAAUUAUAGAUGUAGAAAAUAAACAAGAUCCUAAAGUUGCUCAAGACACUGCUCAAAAACUAGAUACGACAAUUUUUUCUGCCGAUUCAGAAUCAGAAGUUUCGAAAGUACGAGUAGUAGAAGUCAAACUUGACAGCGAUUCUAAAUCUGCACAGAAAAAAGAUGAUGCUAUGAUUUUUAAAAAAUCGCAAGAAAUUGAUUCUGUGGAAGAAUCCAAAAAGUCAGAAAUUUCUAAGGAAAAUAGAGAAUCACGUGCAGAAAAAACAUCUAUGAAACUAGAAGAGUCCAAAGAAAGAAUAAUACCAGUAACACUCGAAAGUGAAACUAAACCUGUUCGAGAAAGCGAUAAGGUUUCCAAAGAUUCGCCAAAAAGUCCUUCUAUAGAAGAAUCUAUACAGCAAGGACAUGCCAAAAAAAGAAUAAUAGAAGUGAAACUUGAAAGUGCUUCCUCGUUUUCAACACCAAUAGAAAAAAUAAUAGAAAUGAACAUUGAAGAUAAUUCUAGAUUUAUUCAAAAGAAAAAAGAUGAAUAUGUUACUUCGAAAGAGUCUUCUCAAAGCACGCAUGUUCCCAAAGAAAGGAUAAUAGAUGUAAAACUUGAAGGAGAUUCUAAAUCCAGUCAAACUAAAAAUGAAGGUUUUGUUUCUAAAAAUUCGUCUAAACCCAUAAAUAUUUCGAAUGAAAAGAUAAUAGACAUUAAAUUAGAAGAAGAUGCUACAUCUAACCAAGCGAAAUCAUCUAAAGGCACAGAUGUGUCCAAAGAAAGGAUAAUAGAUAUAAAAGUUGAAAAAGAUUCUACAUCUACUCAAGUGAAGAAAGAAGAUUUUAUUUCUGAAAAAUCGUCCAAAACCACAAACGUUUCGAAAGAAAGGAUAAUAGAUGUAAAAUUUGAAGGAGAUUCUAAACCUAGCCAAGUGAAAGAUGAAGAUUUUAUUUCCAAAGAAUCAUCUAAAGUCUCAGAUGUGUCCAAAGAACGAAUAAUAGAUGUAAAACUAGAAGGAGAUUCUACAUCUAUUCAAGCGAAGAAAGAAGAUUUUAUUUCCGAAAAAUCGUCCAAAACCACAAAUGUUUCGAAAGAAAGGAUAAUAGAUGUAAAAUUUGAAGGAGAUUCUACAUCUAGUCAAAGCGAAGAAAAAUCGUUUAACAUUACAAACAUUUCCAAAGAAAGGAUCAUAGACGUAGAAAUUUUGGGAGAUUCUAAAUCCAACCAAGUGAAAAAUGAAGGAAUAAUUUCUAAAGAUAAAGAUGCUUCCAAAGAGAGAAUAAUCGACGUAAAGCUUGAAGGAGAUUCUAAAUCUAGUCAAACUAAAAAUGAAGAUCUUAUUUCUAAGGAAUCGUCACCAAAUGCAAACGUUUCCAAAGAAAGAGUGAUAGAUAUAAAGAUUGAAGACGAUUCGAAGCUUGUCCAUAAGGAAAACGAAGAUUUUGUUGUCAAAAAAUCAUCUAAAAAUGAUUCUGGGGAGGAAUCGGAAAAAUCAGAAAUUUCCAAAGAAACUGUAAUAAAAAUAAAGCUCGAAAAACCGCAUGAAGAUGUCAUUUCUAAAGAUUCAUCGAAUAAUCUUUCUGCAAAGGAAUUAUCAAAAAAUUCUGGAACUGCGAAAGAAAGAUUGAUAGAAAUAAAUCUCGAAAAUGGGGCCAAACUUCCUCAGAAGAAGCAAGAAAAUAAAAAUGAAAAUACUAAGGAAAAAAUUAUAAAAAUUCGACUCGAAGGCGAUCCUGUUUUAAAAAAGGCUAUAUUUGGAAAGAGUCACUCUUUGGACGAAUAUAAAACAUCAGAAAAAAUUUUAGAAGCUCGAGUCGAACGGGAUUCUAGGUUUAGUCAAAACCUAGAUUUCCCGGGGAAAGAUAUUUGGAAAAAGCCGCACCUAGCCAAAGAAAAAAUUAUAGAUUUUGAGCGAGAACAGGAAUCUAAAUAUAUACGACACGAAAAUAGAACUUUUAGUCAUCAAGAUCUGUACAGAAGAACAGAAAACAAAGUUGGAAAUAGUAACAUCCCGAUACCAGAAAAGUCCAAAGAAAGAAUAAUAGAAGUAAAAGUGGAAAAGGAAGACACAUCUACUGAAAAUCUUGCAAAUAUUAGUACUUGCAACAUCGGCGAAUUUAAUACGCAAAACCGAGUUAGAAAAGAUUUAGAAGUGAAAAUAGAAAGUGAUCCAAAAUCUGUGAAGAACGUGGAAAUAAUCAGAACGCCUGAUCUUAAAUCGUCUCCAGAGAUUAUUAAGCUCGACGAUUUGACGCCUCCUGUGGUUCUAGUGCCGAGCGGCAAACCCGUAACUAGAAAUAUUCCUGUGGAGGUAGAAACUCCAAGUCGUCUGAAAGACUUAUUAGAAGAUCUAGAACCUAAAUCUACCAGCCGAUUAAAGUCCAUCCUCCAGGAAGAGUCCAAACCUAAACAAGAGUCUCCGUCUAAGCAAAUCACCAUCAAACUAACCGAAUCUCCCUCCAAGGAGGUCGAGAGCAUCUGCAGCGUCCAGGUCCCCGAAAGUCUGUUCUACACCAACGUCCUCAGCCCCCCGGUCCCCUCCCCCUCCCCGUCCCUCAGCAGCGGCUCCAGCCGCGCCACCUCCCUCUGCACCGCCAAAUACAACCCCAUGAACAGCUCCAUCGCAGACAUAACCUCAAUCAAAGACGACGACUCUUUCAAAGGUGGCAAGGCCGAGUCCCCCGCCAGCUUGCGUCAGCUCUGCGUCGACUUCCUCAUGUCGCAGCCCUUCGGCGCCGACGUGCUCCAGGAGCUCGCCGACGUGUCCUCCAGCAUCGAGCACCUCACCAGCGACUUACGCCAGGACCUCGUGCACCAGGAGGUUAUUUCUGGGGGGCGUCGUGCGGUUGACAGACAAGUCGAAAUUAGCUCGAUCGAGCCUCGCCUUUUGGCAAUCAUCCGAGAUGCACAAGAACCGAGAGUUAUGAAGUUCAGUACGCUGCCGCGCAACAUGGAAAGCGCGCGAUUAAAAGCGAAGGACCUGUCGGAGUGGCUGGAGCUGGCGAGGAGGAAGGACGAGAGCAGCGACCGGAGGAAGUCGGCGGGGUUUUACGAGCAGCAGAUGCGCUUCCUGCAGGAGAAGGAGCGGGAGAUCCAGGAGGAGCUGGAGCUGUUAGAGGAGGAGAAGCGCCAGCUGGAGGGUCCGCGCAGGUUCCGGGAGGAGGACUUCAUGAUCUCGAAGCGCGGGGACUUCGCGGAGAGCCGCAAGCCGCGGCCGGUGUCGAUGCCGGUGGCCACCGAAGUCUUCCGAAGACAGAUGUACGACGAGUACUUGGACAAGAUGAAGGAGCGGGAGGAGCGCAAGCAGCUGAAGGUGCUGAAGGUGUCCCAGGUGGACAGCGCGCCCGCGGCGAGGGCGGCGGCGGGGAUCGAGGACGAGUUCAUGGACAUGGUGAAGCAGAAGCAGAAGCUGGGGAAACUGAACAAAAACGAGGAGAAAACCGACGACGAGGAGGAGAAACUCCCGAAGCACCUGCAGGAGUUCAUGGAGAUAGCGGAGGCGUCCGAGAGCGACGGCGGUGUGUGGUCACCUGGGCAAAAACAGGAACCGAGGCCCGAGGAGCCGCGGAGGUCCCAGAGUGAGGUCAAAAAUGAGCCACUUUCGCCGGUGUGGACUCCCAAAAGUGCCACUUCGAGUCCCACGGUGGAACGUAAGGAGUUUCGGCCCGUCAAGUUCGAGUCGCCGGUUUUGAGUAGGAAAAGUAGCAGGGUUGAGGACGGGGAUUCGAGUGACGCGUCCAAGGAACCACCUUGGAAGGUACCGGAAACCAGUAGCGACACCGGAGUUGUUCUCUCAUCUACCCUAGAAAAGCGUCUUCCAACGAGUCAUUCGUCGCCGGCUUGUGGGUUUAAUGAUUUUCCCACGACGAGGCUGCCGAAGGCUCAGAAUCCGACCAUAACGCUCCUGCAGAAAGCCAGAGAGGGUCAGCUGCCUAAGGGCGCCCUGUACAUAGAGCAAGACCAAACUUUCAAGAGGCCGCAGAAUGACAGACCGCCCUUCGUAGGACCAGGGGAGAUAUUGUACAAAAUCAAAAACGAGUACACCAGCGAAUCCGACAGCGAAAAGGCGCGGAAAAUGGCCGAUUUGGGAGCGCGGAAGUACGAAGGGAUCGGGCCGACCACCAAGGACGGAAUGCCUCUGAUACUGAGAUCGGAGGUGAAGGACGCCAAUCAGUCGAAAUGGUACAAGAAAAUGUACGACACUAUACACAAACAGAGACCACAUCGAGAUGAAUAUGUUACCGUCAGAUACAAACAGCGGAGAGGCCAGUACCCCUACACUUCGGGCUACUUAUCCGAGCCGGAGCCCGGGGCCUACGACAGCGACUUCGACUACAAGUACGCCACUUUGGACCGAAGACGUGUUACCCGAGACAAAGAGAACGACUACGUGUCUUCCACGAUGCCCCGCAGUACAGAAAAGGUCGGCUCGAGUGUGGUCAAGCACGGCCACGACCCCUACAAGAACCAACCCGGUCGCAUCGAAAACUACAUUCCCGGACAUUCGUCGAUUUCGGAAAAAGAAGCCAAAGAGUGGUGGGACGAAGUGAUGGACAUAUUCGACGGGUGGUUGGACGACAAUUCGGCACUACCAAGCUAUGACUAUAUGUUCUCCAGAGCCUUAGCCAAGUCUCACCUGGAGCAGCAAAAGCGUGUCCCUCAGACCAAGAGCUUCAUCAACCAAGCUCUCAAAGAAUCCGGCUACGAAAGCGACUCGACUUUGGUGUUCCGUCGACGGGACGACACAGCCCAACAGUUGAGCCCUUCCGAGCAAAAAGAAGCGUACAAGACAAUCCAGAAGGGCGGCGACAUCCCUCUGUACGGCCUACGCAAGCCCGCCCCCGAGCGACCCAAAGAACCAGAGCCUCCAUUGCCGCCGCCCAAGGGUCAACACGGAGUAAGAAACCUGCAACCAGAAUCUCCACGAAAGUAUGUAGAAAACGAAGUGACAAUCCACUACAAAACACCAGUACGACAAGAGAUCAAAGAGUACCUGAGCGAAGACGAACUCGCCUACCGGCAAGCCGAAGCAAUGAAGAAAAUUUACCAAGAAGAACGUCGACGAAAAUACCUCCAGGUUAGCAAGUCGUUGCAAGAGCUCCAAGACAUGACCAACCGCCGCCACACCGACAACUUCAUCCCCUCGCAAAAAUCCCCCAUCCCCUUGAACCGGUACGACGACUUCGACGACCUCGCGCCCCCCGUCAAGCCCCGGCCGAGGUCGCCCGAGCCGCGACUGAUGGCAAGAGCUCUCUACAACUUCGUCGGGCAGACGGCGCGCGAACUGACCUUCCGCAAGGGAGAUCUCAUCUACGUCAGAAGACAGGUGGACAAGAACUGGUAUGAAGGAGAGUUGAAUGCCAUGGUGGGGCUUUUCCCGGUCAACUACGUCGAGAUCGUCACCUACGACGCCGCCAAACCCACGCCGAGGAAGUCGCACGAAGGACAGGCCCGGGCCAAGUACAACUUCGUGGCGCAGACGCACCUGGAGCUGUCCCUGGCCAAGGGCGAGCUCGUGGUGAUCACUCGGAGGGUGGACGAUAAUUGGUUCGAAGGAAAAAUCGGGGGGAGGAAGGGGAUUUUCCCGGUGUCGUACGUGGAGGUGUUGAUAGACCCCAGCGACCCGCCGCCUCCAAGCAGCAAGCCAGUGGCGGCGCCGGCGGCGCACUCGCUGUUGCUUAAUGGUUCGGCGGGCGGGAAAGAGUCUAUGGGGAGUCACAGCUACACGCCGAGUUUGUCUUCAAACCAGCUCACCAGCAGUUACCACGCCAAGCCCGUGCAGGUCACAGGGUACGGGUCGCUGAACAGAGGGCCCAAGAACCCCAUGAGUCAGGCCCUGCACAUAGAGACCCAGUCGGAGCCCAUACCAUACCGCGCUCUGUACAAGUACUUGCCCCAGAACGACGACGAACUAGAACUAUUCGAGGGCGACACCGUCUACGUUCUGGAGAAGUGCGACGACGGCUGGUACGUGGGGUCCAGCGACAGGACCGGGGCCUUCGGCACGUUCCCUGGGAACUACGUGGAGAAGAUUUAGCGUCCCGUGGGCUUACUCACUUAGAUAUUAGCGAAUCGGAGCGCACAUGAUAUUGAAAUCCGUCAAAGGAAGAAGAAAAUUGCAACACUUGAAAUAGACACAACUGAGCUAACUGCGAAAUACAUUGCCAUACCAAAAUAGAAAUAGCCCGACUACGUACAGUUGCAAUUUUCGAUUCUUUAGAGCUUGUAGGAUUGUAAAAACGGUAGGUUAGCGAGCAUCUAGUCAUUAGCCAAAUAAUCUCUAGGUUAGGGUCAUGCGACGCACCAAAAGAGCCGAGGCUCGAUAUCAUCGGAAUAUCAUCUUUAGGACUAAAGCGUUCUUCCAUUAUUGUACUAGGAUGUUUAAGGGUGUCUCAGUCUUUAACUACAUUUUCCUCCCCUUCUUGUCACGUGUUCCUGCGUUAACCCUUCUAUUAUAAGACUUGAAUAUAGGAGUGCCUUUGAAUACAAUACCUUAACCUUACUGUUAUUAUUUACUGCAAGAAUAGUUAUAUUUACACUUAGGUCAAGUGAUAUUGCUUUGUCAGAGCGCGUAUAUUGAUGUUCACUUAAGUUUAUUUAUAACAUUGUUUUACAAUAAAUGUCACGUUACAAAAA